GUCAAAUCAUCUACCGGCUGACGGUCUAUCAAACGACAAAAUACAACAAUAACAUAAUAUACUAUGACACCUUUUUUUUUCUUAUUACGACUUAUUUAUAUUGUAUAUAUUUAAGUAAUACUUCUACUACUAAUAAUAAUAAUAAUACGUUAAAUACGUUAAACGCGAUACGAGUAGAGUGAAUACUACAAGCAUGUCUUGGUCAGACGACCGUGCCGUGGACACAGUCCAUUGGCAAAUCCUUAAAAACCAUCUGAAACCUAAUGUAUGGCCUACAUCUCGGGAGUUGUUAAAAUACAAGCAAGAACUCGACACAUCCAGACACGCUGAUCUAAAUCAAUUUGCCAGUUCAGUACAAGAAAUGAAAAAAAAAUUAUCCUAUUUGAAAAAGACUGCGUUAGACGUAAAUAAAAUUAAAAUAGUAGGAUUUGAACAUUUUCGAAAUGAUAUAAAGACAUUUGAGUCGAAGCUGUCAAAAUUAAAAGAAGGAUGCUCAAAAAAAUUACGAGAGGAAAACCUUAAGCAAUUGGCGCUGUUUGAAGAAAUUGAACGGGUGAAGCAACUAGCGCUACAGGAUGUAGUUUCAAAGCCACACGUCGAUCCUAUUAGUAAAAAAAAGAAAGAAACAAAAGCCAUCUGCAAAAGAGUUCCAAUUUCAAAAAAUACAUAUUCUUCAAAAGAAAUAGCGGAUUUCUAUGAUUUCUGUGAACGUAAUUACGGUCUUACGGGAGGUUGGUCUAGCAAAGAUCAUGAAACAUUUUUAAAGAUUCGUUCUAAACAUGCCGACGCAGUGGAUUUCAUAGAUCAUGUUGUACAAUCAAUGCCACAUAUAACCGAAUAUGCUGCACGUGAACAUGAAAAUUGGUUCGUAAAAUUCGAAGAACUUAAAGCUAAACAAAAAGAAGCGAUAACGAAGUGGAAAAAGGAAAAGAAAAAUGUUUUUGUGCCUGACUGCAAUACAAAUAAUUGUGACAUAUUGAGAAAAUGUACAGAUAAUGAUCCACAAAUUACUCAGAAAUUUUCCAGUGAUAAUUUGGAAAAACAAAAAAACGUAAAUCACAAUAUCAAUAAAUCUCAAAUUGAAGUAAUUGAAUCGAAAACACUCGAUAACUGUGGAAAAACUUUGCUACAGCGUUUUAGGGAAAAAGAUAAAAGAUACAUAGAGUCUAAAAAAACAAAUAAAGAACGACUGGAGUGUCAGCGUAAAUCGGACCAAUUUACAAUAGUUACUAUGCAUGGAAAUUCAGAAAAGUAUCCUGAAAUUGAAUCAAUAGAAAAACUUCCAAAUGUACACUUAAGCAUUUAUGGUGCACAUAAUCAAGAUGUGAAAGUGGUGUUAAAAUAUCAAUAA